AUGGCUGUAGGCGACCCUCCGGGACUCCCUGAGAUCAGCGGCUUCACGGACGGCGAGGUGGUCAGAAUCGGCGAGCAAAAAAUGCUGACCUGCAUCUCCCGGGGCGGCAACCCACCGGCCGAGCUGGUCUGGCUCAAGAACGAUCCUCCGAAGCCGCCGAGCAUCCUGGGAUACGAGCCAGGCACGUACCUGCGGGCUGGGGAGCGGGUGUCGCUCUCGUGCGUCUCCCAGGGCGGCAACCCGCCGGCCACCCUGACCUGGUACAGCGGCGACGUCGAGACGGCCUCCGACACCGAGGUCGAGGACAACGUGGCCCGGAGCGUUAUCACUUUCGAGGUGGACCACAAGGACAACGGCAGGGUGUACAAGUGCGACAGCCAGAACUCGGAGAUGGGGGACGUGAUGUCGGACAGCGUUACUCUUGGAGUUUAUUUUCCACCGAGCAGCCUGAAGCUGGAGGUUCGUCCGGAGCGUCUGAGGGCGGGCAGUCAGGCGAUCCUGACCUAUCCUCCAGAAAUCACCUUUAUCUCCACCAUCGUGAUGGUGCCUUCUGGAGGUGAAGCAGUCCUGACAUGUUCAGCCGACGGCAACCCCUUCACGUCAGAUAUGAUAACCUGGCAGCGGAACCACUUCAACUUUAGCUCCAGCAGGGUCAACAUCGCCAACGUCAACGGCUCCUCCAUCCUCACGCUGUAUAACGUCACGAAAGAGGACAUUGGAGAGUUCCAGUAUGAGCCAGAACUAGUUCGGGAUCCACGGCUCACCAAAUCCGCCGCCCCACUGAACGGCACGGCCCAGAUCAUUUGCCGGGCGCGGGGAGCUCCCAACGUGACGUUCCAGUGGAGCAAACUCGGAAAACCUAUCGACGAAACAGUGGCCGCCAACAAAUACCAGCUUCUCUACACACAGCUUGACCUGGUGACCUGGCAGUCGGUGCUCAAGAUCAAGGACGUGCAGGCCUCGGACUAUGCCACGUACGGGUGUGUGGCUCACAAUGAGCUCAGCUCCAGACGUCAGGAGCUGGUGCUGGGCCGUCCCAGCUCCCCUGACCCGCCGACGGGGCUGAAGGUGGUCAACGUGUCCCACGACACUGCCACACUCUCCUGGUCGCCAGGCUUCAACGGAGGACUGUCGCAGAUGUAUCGAGUCCGCCAUCACGACACAUCCAGUGGAGUGGGCCCGAGGUACGACGACGUACAGCCGGAGAACGUCACCCUUCUUAUCGUGAGGGGUCUCCGUCCCAGCACGGAGUACAGCUUCGCCGUCAUGGCCUACAACACGCUCGGCCAGAGUGUUUACGGCGGCGUCACCACAGCCAAGACUCCAGAUGACCCCGAUGCCGCCGAAGUGAUGCUGUUUGAAGAGGGUCACCUGCCCUGGAUUGUCAUCAUCGUCGUAUCCUCUGUUGGAGCGCUGCUGCUUCUUCUGAACGUCGUGCUUGUCGUGUUCUUUAUACGACGACGAAUGCGGAGAGGAAAGCCGAAAGUGAUGGAAUCGACAUCGGCCAGCGAGGCGAGCACCAAGUCCGAGACACUUCACAUGUACGGCAACGAGACUGUCAGCUCGAUGUCGGUGAAGAGCGGCGAGAGCUACACCCGCGAGGACAGCUUGGAGGACUACGAGGUAUGUGCCUUUCACGAGCUGUUCCGGAAGUGA